AUGAUGGGCAAGUCGAUGAUGUUUUGCCCGGAGUGCAACAACAUGUUGUACCCGCGCGAAGACAAGGAGAAGCACCAACUGCAGUUUCUUUGCCGUCAGUGCGAUUACUCGCGGUAUCCGAAGAAAACCGACACUGCGCAGCACAUCGUCGACAGAACGAAUUUCAACUACAAGUCAAAAGAGGACAUUGUGAUCUCCUCCGACCUGUCCAAGGACCCGACGCUCGGUCGCGUCUUCGACUGGAGGUGUCCUCGGUGUAGAGGCCUCGGCGGCGUUUUCUACCAGCUGCCUGAGCGCGUCGCCGAAGACGCCAUGACUCUCGUCUACGUCUGCACACAGCCCGGCUGCGGCGCCUGGGAAAUUCAACAGCCUGACGCCCAGGGCGGCGACGACAGCAGAGAAAAGGACGAAGACGGCGAACACCCCGCCCCGCACCCCUCGGCCCAGUCUGCCCGACAGUCCUUCCGCUUCCCAGCGGAGAAAGAGGAAGAAGACAGAGACGCAAGCUCCGACGCCGACUCGCCGGCAGGCGGUCCGCUGUCCGUGAAGCGGCCUCUCGACGAAUCGCAAGACGAAGACCACGAAACAGACCAGGCCGGGGACGUCUUCAACCAGGAACAGGCCGACGUGGAUGACGACGAUUUGUUUGGCGAGCGAGAAGAAGACAUUUUCGGCUCUUCAGAUCACGGCGGCCCUGGCUUCGAUGAAGAAGAAUACACACAUCGCCCAGAGCCGCAUGGAGACGGAGAGUUAGACGACGUCACGUUCGAAUAA